GCACUCUCCAAUCAGAUGCACAACCACAAGACCAAGGAAGCAGUAGCCUUUCAGCCCUCUUGCUUUAGUUUGUUGAUCCCCGACUAAAUCUCAUUGGAAAACAAGCUAGAAAGCAUGGAAGGAGUGAAGAGUUUGAUCAUGUGUAUGCUAGUGCUAGGCUUAGUCCUGCAACAAGAGAAGAUCCAGGUGGAAGCAAAGAGUUGUUGCCCAUCCACCACAGCAAGAAACGUCUAUAACUCAUGCCGUUUCGCGGGUGGCUCAAGAAACACCUGUGCUAAACUUUCUGGCUGCAAAAUUGUUGAUGGGAACUGCGAGCCUCCUUACGUUCACCAUACCCUUCACCCAGAAGCUGAGGAAUCGGAGGUAGUUGACUUCUGCAAGCUGGGAUGUGCUUCGUCUGUGUGCAGCACCAUGAGCACUCUUUUUGCCAAUGAAGAAGCCAAUCAUGCCGUCGAUCGUUGCAACGAAGCAUGCCGCCGCUUCUGUACCAAGGAAGCUGAGACUGUCACCGCUGUUUCCUAAGCAAGUGCAACAUGCAAGCAUAAGGGUCCUCACACAUGGAAGCCCAUGGUAGGCUAUGCUACCCUGGAGUACUCAGAAAUAAAAUGGAUAUCAUGAUAUCCAAUCCAGUGUGCCAUCGAUCUCUCUUGAUUUCUGUCACGUUUUAUUUCCAAUAAGCUAUGAUAAUCACGAUCUGCCAUCAUAUAUUAUCUUUUCUUGAGGAUGUGAGCAUAUGUAGAGUGAUGAUAUCAUUGCCUAAGAAAUAAAUCUUGUCAUCGGGAUGGAUCCCUUUUGUUAAAGUUAUAUAAUGCAUGCUACAUAUAUC